AUGACCGUCGGUCGGAGGGGAAUCCUCUAAACCUCGAAGCCACGUAUAAAAUCGACUCCUGCUUGCAGCGUCGCGAAACCCUAACCCUAGCUCGGAUAUCCUUCAGCCAUGGAGACGGCCAGGACCGUGAAGGACGUCUCGCCUCACGAUUUCGUGAAGGCGUAUGCCGCCCACCUCAAGCGAUCCGGAAAGAUGGAACUUCCUCACUGGACCGAUAUUGUGAAGACUGGGAGGUUCAAGGAGCUUGCUCCUUAUGACCCUGAUUGGUACUACAUCAGAGCUGCUUCGAUGGCGAGAAAAAUCUAUCUGAGACAGGGUAUUGGUGUUGGUGGUUUCCAGAAGAUAUAUGGAGGGCGCAAGAGAAAUGGAUCCCGUCCACCACAUUUUUGCAAGAGCAGUGGUGCAAUAGCUCGCCACAUCUUGCAACAAUUGCAGGACUCGAACAUCAUUGAAAUUGAUCCAAGAGGUGGGAGGAAAAUAACUUCUCAGGGACAACGUGAUCUAGAUCAAGUAGCAGGCCGGAUUGUUGUUGUACCUUGAUGAGUUCCUGUGGUUCUGGUCCCUUAUCUAUGAAGAGAUAUAUUUGGUCAUGAUCUUCGGUAGUUUUGGUUUAAUUUGUCAACUUCAAGCUUGAUGUAGGUGUUGCGUGAAAACCUUUAUUUUCAAUUUAGUAUUGUAAACUCAGUUUUAUCCAUUGUCUAAUAUGUUAGUAAUGAUCUGAAAUAUUGGAACAUCACCAUUGUUGGGCUGGUCAAUGGGUGCCAACUUUUGUCAAAGCUCUAGUAAUGAUAUGUUGAAAUUCCAGUUGGAUUUCAGUUGGA